AUAUAAAGACCGCUUUCUACAAACUGGGCCGCCUAUCUUCACUGGGGCGGGUCGCAGGUUUGCUCUCUCUCUCUCUCUCUCUCUCUCACUGAGACACACGCUCGCACGCAGUCAGUCUUCUUCUUCAUCUCACCGCCGGUGGAAUUCCGGUGGACUAUAAAUUUUCCAGGAGUGUGAAGCGUCUCGCUUUAUGCUGCCUUAUGCUGUGCUUUCGUAUAAGAUUUAUCUACUGCUGCGUAUUAAGCAAACAUCAUGAAUUCCGUUGCAUCUCUGUACAGAAGAUUAAGCAUUAGGGAUCUGAUCUCCAACACGCCUGUUUACAGUUCAGCUACUGAUGUAUCCGGGGAGGGAUUGAGUUUGGUGUUGAGGCGAUGGGCUAGCAAGAAAACGGCAGGAUCCACGAAAAAUGGUCGCGACUCGUUGCCCAAGAAUCUCGGGGUCAAGAAAUUUGGUGGAGAGAGAGUGAUUCCCGGAAACAUCAUUGUUCGUCAAAGGGGUACGCGUUUCCAUCCAGGGAACUAUGUUGGCAUGGGUCGAGAUCACACCCUCUACGCCUUGAAGGAAGGAUGCGUCAAGUUUGAGCGCAACAAGCUAACUGGACGCAAGUGGAUUCAUGUUGAGCCCAAGGAAGGUCACGAACUGCAUCCAGUCUAUGCAAACAUGGGCGACGCGGCUGCUGCUGAGAUGAAGACAGCAGCUUAACUAAGGUUUGUAGUCACAUGGUAAUGCAAGCUUUUCAUCCUGUUUGGUGAAAUAAGUUGCUAGACAUGUUGAAAGCUAAAAACAAGUUAUUGUGUUUUGAUUGCUUAGAUGUAAUAUGUUGUCACUGACAGCAGCACUGAAUUGAGUUAUGCUUCAUAGGGUGUUAGUACAGUCCCAGUUGAAAUAAUACAUUUGCAAUAGUGAGAUUGAUCUUUUGUUUGCUA